AUGGUAACAGGUAAACAAAGAUUUCGUUCCCUUGUAGACACUGGGGCAGAAGUGUGCCUCAUGUGCCGCGACGUAUAUAACAAACUAAAUAAUCCUCCAAAAUUAACAAAGAAAACUGUAGACUUGCAAGGAGUAGAUGGUAGCAAGUUAAAAAUAAUAGGCUGCUCCGAAAUAGCUUUCAAAAUGGGAGGUUUGGAAAUUAAACACCCAUUCUAUGUGGUCGAGAACAUUAACCGUAACGUAAUCCUUGGACGGGACUGGCUCGUAAAAAACGGCGUCCGACUGUAUUACGAUUUAGGAUGCAUUAGAAUCGGGAAAACUUGCAUUUCCCUUGAUGAAGACAUACAUGUGUCUUCCAUCGUGAGACUUACUAAAAAGGUCGUAGUCAGACCUCACACACAAACGGUGUGCUAUGUGACCGCAAAAGCUUGGUCAUACCACUUGAAGGGAAGUUCAUAUCAAUUAUCUCCGAAUCAGAGAGGCUUCAUGGCUUCGCAGCCUGGUCUGAUGAUAGGUAAUUCGAUAGGUAAAUUAUCAAACCGACGCCUGCUACCUGUAAUGAUAAUUAACAGCACCAACAAGACUUACUGUUUAAGAAAAGGUUAUAGCAUCGGCAGAAUAGAACCUGCAACCAACCGGGAUGUAGUUAACGUUGCAGCAGUUAUGCCCGACGCUCAAGAAAAGAGCCCAACUAAGAUAAAUUACCAAAGUGAACUAAACGUAUCACCGGAACAUAAAACCGUGAUAGAACAGCUAGUGGAAGAAAAUUUGGAUAUAUUCGCGAGUAGCGAUUUAGAGUUAGGACGGACUGAAACAGUCAGUAUGAAAAUCGACACGGGUGACCACCCCCCAAUCCGAUUGCGACCGUACCGAACACCCCUGAAUAAACGCGCCGUUGUCGAUAAGGUUAUUGAUGAAAUGUUAGAUGCGAAACUCAUACAUAGAUCCAGAAGUCCCUGGAGUUUUCCGGUAGUAAUAGUAGAUAAAGAAAAGACGGUACAAAACGAUUCUGUAUAG